AAUUGCACCGCUCGCCUAACAUCCGCUUGUAAUACUUGAUAAGCGAGUUCCUUAUCGUCCCAAGAACUAGUUCUCGUCACGCCAUUUCUGUUCACACACGACGACUCGGAGGAGCAGCACAAAAUCAAGAUUUCGUCUUUAAAAGAAUCCGGAUCCGAUCACGCCAUGCACAGAGACUGCCCCCUUGACUGUAAGGUGUAUGUCGGAAACCUGGGCAACAAUGGAAACAAGACAGAGUUGGAAAGGUCCUUUGGCUACUACGGUCCCCUCCGCAGUGUGUGGGUAGCCAGGAACCCCCCAGGCUUUGCUUUCGUCGAGUUUGAGGAUCCCAGAGAUGCCACAGAUGCUGUCCGUGAACUGGACGGAAGAACGUUGUGUGGUUCCCGGGUACGAGUUGAACUGUCCAGUGGUGAGAAGCGCUCCAGGAACCGAGGUCCUCCGCCUUCGUGGAACCGGCGACCCCGAGAUGAGCACAGUCGCCGUCGGAGUCCGACGGCCAGACGAAGAUCGCCACGCAGCAGGAGAAGCACCAGCCGGAGCAGAAGCAGGUCCCUUUCCAGAGACCGCAGAAGGGAGAGAUCUGUCUCCAGAGACAAGAACCACAAACCUUCCAGAUCCAUCUCUAGAUCUAGGAGCCGUUCCAGAUCAAAUGACAGGAAGUAAGAAUUCAUGGAUGUUGAGAACGAGGGAAGCUGUGGGAACGGUUGCAUUUAUUGGUCAUGUUUUUACGUUUGGAGUCUUUCUUUUUUUUGGGGAUUUUUUGUAAACAAUCAAAUAUCUUGGCGUCUACACUUUAUUUUUGUGAAUGUAAUUGAGUGUACUUUUAUUUGAAUGAGUUUGUAAAUGUAGAAACUGUGGGGUGGCGGUGAAAUGCCUGAUCCAGACCUGUCCCUCAGCAUUCCAAUCCACUUUUAGAUCUUUUUUUUUUUAAUAAAUCCACUGCCACACAUGUGGUUUGACAUGAUGUGUUCAAUGUUGUUUUUGUGGAGGCCCAACAGAUUCUUUCACAAUACUAAAACGGUUACAUUCUGCUAUUUGACCCCAUGUUCAAUCAUGCUGUUUUACCGGUAUGUGUCCAAAAUAGACUUCUCAACAUUGUUCAAACACCUUUCUUGUCAUUUUGUUAGCUCUGAACACUAUACAGUCUGUAUACGUUUCUUUGGGGGGCUGGGGUUUGAUAUGCAAUACGUUGAUUAAAAUGAUUGUAGAAA